CGACUACACAACACCAGGAGUGCUCAGUGUUGUUGCAUCCCACGACUUUCGGCCAGAACCAGAAUCGCAUACUCUCUACCGCAGAUAUGACGCGCGCUCAGCAGACCAUCUCCAUCGCCCUCCUCUUCACCUCUCUCUACCUGGCGGUUUUCCUGGAGAUUGUGUCUUUCCCGGAAAAGAUCCAGAGCGAGGUCGUCCCUGUGCUCCCUUUCUGGGCCCUCGUAUCGUUCGGCGCAUACCUCCUCUUCAAGCUCGGCUGGGGAGUCUUCACCUUCAACGAUGUCCCCGAGGCGCACAAGGAAUUGAUGUCGCAGAUAGCGGAAGCACGCGCCGAGCUCAGCGCAAAAGGCGUGGACGUUGGCUCCGACUAAACCAAACACCGGCGUCUGCGCUGGGACAAGAGGGGCAUAACAAUCGGCGUACAACGGGGAGCUAUAGGCAAUGCAUUUGAAAUGGUUGAUAUCAUGGGUAUUGGGUAAUUCACGCUAUGCUGCUGCUGCACGCCCCUUUUGUCUCUCCUUCAGCUUCUUCUCCGUCCGCAUGAACUCUCGUAUGCCUACGGGUAUAUUGUCGAACAAGGCAUCCUGGCUUGCUGGCGCAACCCAAUUCGUUUCGCUGCC